GCAAUAGCGACACCUGGAGAGGCCCAGGCAUGCGCACUUGCCCACCACGAACGGGAGGACACAAGCACGACCCGGAAGGCCUUCCCGCCACACUCCGAAGGGGGCGUGCGGUGGGGGGAGGCGAUGGCGGAGGGAGCAGCGGAGGCCUCGGUAGAGAGCGGUGGCGGUGGUGAGUCGGGAGCCGGCGCGCCAGAACGGGGAGUGGCGCCCAUUAAACCGCAAUUCCGCACCACCAAGAAGCAAUUCCAUGAUUUUCUGGAAGCCAAAGGGCAGACGCCCUGCCAGGAAACCGAGGCAGGAAACCUUGGUGGCAAUGACCUGUCUGAGCCCGAGGCCAAGAGUACCCGACUGGAGGAUGGGCACAAGGAGGACAGGCGAUCAGGGGAGGCGGUCGAACCCCAGGAGGAGCCGCAGGUUCAGAAGAGGGCCCGGGGCCAGAACAGGGGCCGAGCCCACCUGAAGCCCACCCACUAUGACAGGAACAGGCUCUGCCCCUCCCUGGUCCAGGAAUCCGCCGCUAAGUGUUUCUCCGGCGACCGCUGCCGCUUCCUGCAUGAUGUGGGCUGCUACCUGGAGACCAAGCCGGCUGACCUGGGCCCGCGCUGUGUGCUCUAUGAGACCUUCGGGAAGUGCCCCUAUGGCGUUACCUGCCGCUUCGCCGGCGCCCAUCUGGGGCCCGAGGGCCAGAACCUGGUGCAGGAGCCGCCGGUCCAGGUCCCGCUGGUCCGCAACAGCCUGGACAAGGCCCUGCAGCUGCAGCUGCGGAAGCGCAAGAUCCACUUUGAGCGCGCCGAGCGGGCCCUGCGCCAGCUGAGCAAAGGCCAGCUGCCGGGCUCCACCCCUGCUGCUGCGGACCCCGAGCCCGUGGGGAGCGAGGGUGCCCCAGGGCAGGACGGCUGUGCCGCCCAGCAGGCCUCCCUUGGGGCAGGCGCGGGCGCCCCUCCCAGCGCCUCUGUGCAGACCUGUGGGCCCCUGACCGAUGAGGACGUGGUGAGGCUGCGGCCCUGUGAGAAGAAGCGGCUGGACGUCAGCGGCAAACUGUACCUGGCCCCCCUCACGACGUGUGGGAACCUGCCCUUCCGGCGAAUCUGUAAGCGCUUUGGGGCUGACGUGACUUGUGGGGAGAUGGCCGUGUGCACCAACCUGCUGCAGGGCCAGACGUCCGAGUGGGCCCUGCUCAAACGCCACCCGUGUGAGGACAUCUUUGGGGUCCAGUUUUUCUGUCUCUUGUCUGUCUGUCUGUCUGUGUCUCUCUCUCUCAGCCCGUCUCUCUCGGUCCCUGGGGUCCCUCUCUCUGUAUCUGAUCCUCCGUCCCCCGGACUUCCCUUCUCCCUCCCUCCCUGUGCGGCCUCCCUCCCUCCAGCUCCACGGCUGCUCCCGGGAGCAGCGCUACACCAAGCUGGCCGACUGGUGGUACAUCGAGCAGUGUGUGACGGCGGCCAGCCCCAUGCCCCUGUUCGGAAACGGGGACAUCUUGUCGUGCGAGGAUGCCAACCGCGCCAUGCAGACUGGAGUCGCUGGGGUCAUGAUUGCCCGCGGCGCCCUGCUCAAGCCGUGGCUGUUCACGGAGAUCAAGGAGCAGCGGCACUGGGACAUCUCGUCGGCCGAGCGCCUGGACAUCCUGCGCGACUUCACGCACUACGGCCUGGAGCACUGGGGCUCGGACACGCAGGGCGUGGAGAAGACGCGCCGCUUCCUCCUCGAGUGGCUCUCCUUCCUGUGCAGGUACGUGCCCGUGGGGCUGCUGGAGCGGCUCCCGCAGAGGAUCAACGAGCGGCCGCCCUGCUACCUGGGCCGUGACUACCUGGAGACGCUCAUGGCCAGCCAGACGGCCACCGACUGGAUCCGCAUCAGUGAGAUGCUGCUGGGACCCGUACCCCCCAACUUCAUCUUCCUGCCAAAGCAUAAGGCCAACGCGUACAAGUAGCCGUGGCAGCCGGCGCAGGGCGUGUGAGGGCCCAGCAGCAACCCGGGUGCUCGAGAAGACAAUAAAUUUUAUUCUUUUAAAA